AGAAAUCUGUCACAAACUCAAACUGAUAUCGGAAUCAGCAUUUUCGGAUUUUAUCUAAACAAAUAUUAGUUUUUUCUAUUAUUUUCUAAAUUCUAAUAAAGAUAGAUAAGAAAAUGCAUUAAUACCAUCAAUUAUGGACCACUCUCCAUCCGAAUCAAUUGAUAAAAAUCAACAAAUCAACCCAAAUAUUCCCAAAACAGAACCCACUGGAACUUUGACAGUCGACCAACUUGAUAUUGAACUCUUGCCUGUUAUCUACGACAUCAUUCGUUGUGUGGAAAAGGAUCCUCUUGAUAACGCAGCUAAGCAAAGAGAAUCUCAAGAGUGCAGUCAGAAGAUCUUAGAGCUACAAAAACGCUUCGAAAGUGCUCGAAAUCAAAUCAAGCAACUGCCCGGCAUCGAUUACAACAAAGAGGAACAACUUCAAAAGCUUGAACUCCUCAAGAGUCAAUUGAAGCUGAAACAGCAGCUGAUAAGGAAAUACAAAAACAUUCAAUUCUAG